AUGAAAACCGUCGGGGAUGGCGAAGGUGCCGACACGAGCGGAUUCGAUAAUCAGGCACUUCAUGACACUCCUCCCAGGGCUUGCCACUGCGCUCCUCAAAGUGUCAAGGAUGGCAAGGACGGUGCAAUUCAACUCACACAUUCCAUAGGGAUGGAGCAUGCCGCAAACAGGAAGGAUACUGCUGCAACAUCCGAUAUGACCAACAUCGAGGAGCAGGCACCACAUGGUACCAGCCUCAGAGCUGCCCAAAACGAAAAGGGCGACAACAAAGAACCAGGUACUCUCACAGAUGGAGCAGAAUACCCUACUGGAUUCAAAUUCGGGCUCAUUAUACUCGCGCUGAGCGCAGUGAUAGUACUGGUCAAUCUCGAUAUGAAUAUCGUCGCGACCGCUGUGCCAGCCAUCACUGAUCAUUUCCAUACGGUCGCAGACGUCGGAUGGUAUGCUGCAGCGUUUCGACUUACUCUCUGUGCAUUUCAAUUUAUCUUUGGCAAGACGUACUUUCUUUUCCCCGUCAAAUCGAUAUUUCUAACGGCGAAUAUUGUGUUCCUUUUUGGCUCAGCGCUUUGUGCAACAGCGACGUCCUCGACCAUGUUGGUCAUCGGGAGAGCAGUUACUGGAUUGGGUGCCGCAGGGCUAAAUGCUGGUCUCUUCAAUAUACUUGUGCAAUCGAUACCGCUGCAGGUACGACCUAUUUGGCUCGGGCUAGGAAGUGGACUGGAAGGCGUUUCGAUGCUGUCCGGCCCUCUCUUAGGAGGUAUCCUUGUACAGUAUGCAGACUGGAGAUGGUGCUUUUACAUCAAUUUGACGCUUGGGUCUCUGGCUGCACUCCUUACGCUGUUCUGCAUACAUGACAAGCCAAAAACCACUAGUAGCGCGCAGAUGACGACGACACAGAAGAUUAGUGAUAUCGAUAUUGUGAGCAAUCUAAUCUUCAUUCCCGCGAUGGUAACUCUCUUCCUUGCGCUAAGUUGGGGUGGCACAAAGUAUAAAUGGGGAUCUGGGAUAAUUAUCUGUCUUCUCGUCACAGCAGGGGUACUCCUUAUCGUCUUCGUUGUCAAUCAAUUCCGGCGGGGUGACCGUGCUGCCCUUCCACCCCGCCUCAUGCGGCACCGAAGCGUUGCUGCCGGCUUUCUAUUCAUGUUGUUCAUGAAUAGUGCUGGCCAGUCUUUCGAAUAUUACCUUCCUACCUAUUACCAGACAGUUCAAGGCUACACGCCAGCCCAAAGUAGCUAUCUGCUAUUGCCUUUCAUUAUUCUUGGAUCCAUCGGGGCUGUUCUCGCAGGCUUUUGUGUCAGCGAACUCGGGUACUAUACACCGUUUCUGCUUGCUGGUACAGUAAUUAUGACAAUAGGGGCAGGCCUGGUCACAACGUUGAACGUACACACCAACCUUGCCAAACUGAUCGGAUACACAUGCAUAUGGGGCAUCGGUUACGGCAUCAGCUUUGGGAUGUCAUCGUUGGCUGUCCAGACCGUCCUAGCCCCUGAUGAUGUUCCACUUGGCUUGUCAUUCAUAUUUUUCGCGCAGUCUUUCGGACCCUCACUAGCGAUUGUCAUUGGGGAACUGAUCUUUCAGGCAAAACUAAAUGCCAGUCUGAUGUCCGUUAAAGGCGUGAAUCUUUUAGGGAUAAACGAUGGUCUGAAAGAAUUCGUUAAGAGUGUACCGCCUACGAAGGCAGAGGAAGUGCUCGAAAUCAUUAGCAAUAGCCUCGAUGGAGUAUGGUAUUUUGUGGUCUCUUUGGCUGGGGCCACCGUCAUUGGGAGCCUAUUGAUGGAAUGGCGUUCCGUCAAGCGAGAGAAUGCUCAGGGAUCCAACAAUUAG